GUGAGCUGACAGUGAGCAAAGCAAAGCUGAAGCCAUACUCAAAUGGAAAUAUCACAUUCCAAUAUUUAGUUCAUUCAGAUAAUGUUUAUGAAAUUAAUCUCUCCAUUUAAUGUUGUUUGAAAUAUUCAUUAUGUCUGGUGUUGUUUUUGGGUACACUCGUGAAGCUGUAAGGGUGAAAGUAAAAAAAUGUGAUAUUAACCAACCACCAGAACUCAGGAAGUUCAGUGUAGAUCCCCAAAUAACAUCUUUCGAAGUGCUUCAAAGCAUUCUUGCCAAAGCCUUUGACUUGAAAGGGGACUUCACAAUAUCCUUUAGAUUGUAUGAUGUCAAUGGAUGUGAGACUUAUAUGCCUAUACUCUCUGACUGGGACCUGGAAGCUGCAUUUUUAAAGGCGCACAACACUUCUGUUACGACGAACACGGAGCCCUGUCUGUGCCUCUGCGUGGACCUGAAACCCUUCGAAGAGUGCCCCGACGAUUGGGAAAUUAAACAGAACCUUCCUAUCAUCACGCAGAUCCGCACAAUCACCAGCCAAGAGGCAAAACCUUCACCCAGGUUGCAUGGUAUAUUCAAUCAGGUGGGGAAAACCCUGAAUAUGGUACAAAGAGCGUUCAACUUCGGCGAAGAAGGGAACGCUUCACUGCAACCGCCGAGGCCCCCAUUGUCCGAUGCGGAGUUCAGGAGGUUUCUCGAUCCGGUGGGACAAAUCAUAUACGCCAAAGAAUUACGCUCCGUUAUCUAUUUCGGAGGAAUCGAUCCUGGACUGAGGAAAGUCGUUUGGAAACACCUGUUGAACGUUUACCCGUCAGGCAUGACAGGCAGAGAAAGGAUGGACUACAUCAGGAAAAAAGCGUCGGAAUACGUUACUUUGAGGGAAACGUGGAAGACGGCGAUCGCUCAAGGGCCGGUGGUGGGAGAGUUGGCCUACACCACCGGCAUGGUCAGAAAAGAUGUGCUCAGAACGGACAGGCAUCACCCGUUCUACGCCGGUAGCGACGAUAAUCAGAAUAUCGCCUCUUUGUUCAAUAUACUCACUACGUACGCCCUGAACCACCCGAAAGUGAGCUACUGCCAAGGCAUGAGCGACCUCGCGUCUCCUCUUCUGGUCACCAUGAACGACGAGGCGCAUGCGUAUAUCUGCUUCUGCGCCCUCAUGCAGAGACUGUGCACGAACUUCAUGAUUGACGGCAUCGCGAUGACGCAAAAGUUUACCCACUUAGCCGAAGGCCUCAUGUACUACGAUCCCGAGUUUUAUAACUACUUGAAGUCGCAUCAGGCCGACGAUCUCCUAUUCUGCUACCGCUGGCUCCUUCUCGAGAUGAAGCGCGAGUUCGCCUUCGAGGACUCGCUACGCAUGCUCGAAGUCCUCUGGAGUUCGCUGCCCGCCGAUCCGCCCGACAAAGAACUGAAACUCUUCGACGCCAUGUUCCUACCCACCACCUUGACGCCUCCUAUCAGUCCCCUAGUGAAAACGCAGAGGGAGAACCCCUACACGAAGAUCUGCGCCCUUCGCAGGCAGAGUUCUUCCAUAUCGCUCAGCAACUACAAUUCCCGCAAGGUUGUCCAAGUGAAACGGCAAAAUCAUAGUUUGGACGACUCAAUCAGCAAAUCUAGACACAUUCCCGAGAUGAAAGUGAAACACCAAAGUUUAGAUGAUACAGCUCUGAGCAAAAACAAGAGCAUGGAAGUUAGCCCUAGGGAAACCUCCCCGAAAUCCGAACUGAGACCAAGAUCGGUGUCCCCUUUGGAACAGAAAUCGGACUCUGUCCUGCUCAACAACCGACUCAACUCGCAGCAAGUGCUGAGCCGAAAGAGCGCCAGCUUGUCUUCCAGCAUGACCAACCUGAUAAAAAGCACGAAGCGCUCGGGACAUUUCAAGGAACUGAAGGAUAAGAUAGCGACAGCCAAGUUCUUCUCUUCUUUGGACAGGCUGGACGCGACACACUCGAUAAAAGAGGAAGAAGAACGCGGCAGACCGAGAGGCAAGAUGGUGCGGAACCUCAACGAGUUCAUGAACUUUGGCGCCAUGGCCAGAAACAAGAUAUCGGAUAUCGAGGCCAACGGGGAGAAACCGAAGAUCAUGCUCACGAAGUCGAGUUUCGACGACUCGGAUCACAGUACCAGCAUGGAUCACGUGUCCAGCACCAGACUGUACUCGUCCACGUCGAACAGUUGCGAGGGGACUUUCGAUGAGACCAGUCCGGACGAUUCUCAGGAGUAUUUUCCGUUGACUACCUCUGUGACCAGGGAGAUGCGGCUGGAGAUGGAGAAUUUGGACCGUAAAGUGUUCGGAGAAAGGUUCAUAGGGAGGCUGUCCGAGUCGCCUAGCACUGAAGAUGCCAAGACUGAAAACGACAGUUCAGCCCCCAAAAACAUGGGCAAGAAGAAAACCGACGACGUGUUUGUGUGGGAGAACCCCUUGCACCAAACAAGCCCCGGGAAUGCGUCGAAAAUUCCCACGCGGACUCCCGACGAGCAAGCCGAGCUCGACUACGACGUUCCCAAAUCGCCUGUCAAACCUGUCAAUCCGACCCUGAAUGGCGCCCUACCUUCCAUGACCAAUUCCUGCGAAGAAGUAACCGAAAAUAUCAAAACGUUGAAUCUCCUGCCGCCUCCCAACGAGUUCGGAGGCGGCAACCCCUUCCUCAUGUUCUUGUGCAUCACGUUGCUGAUGCAGCAUCGCGACCAUAUCCUCAGCAAGGGCAUGGACUACAACGAGAUGGCGAUGCAUUUCGACAAGAUGGUGCGGAAGCAUGACGUCAUCAGGGUGCUCAAUCAGGCCAGGCAGAUGUACGCUCGGUACAUCAAACAGCACAGCAUCGCGCAGCAGAGGUUGGACGCGAAAAACGAGGACUGUUAGUUUGUCUUCUUCUCUUAUCCGGUACUGUGAUAUUUAUUCUUUAUUGAUACUUUUUUUGUAUAUAAGGAUUAGGUAAGUAUACUUGCUUUAUGAUUUACUGUAGGGGAAAAGUGCGUAUUGUAUUCCACUCAAUAAAAAAUUUACUAUUUUU